UCGACCAAUCCCAGUGAAGCACCGGCGACUAUCAGCCAAUCACCAUUAACCUCGGAGUGGUUGACACGCUUUGAGCUCAGCGAUAUUACAGAGACACACUGUUCUGUCCUAGUCAUCAUGGCCUCUGGAGCUUUGUUCCCCAGCAUGGUGUCUGGGUCCCGUGGAUCAUCCAGCAAGUAUCUGGUGGAGUUCCGGGCUGGUAAAAUGACGAUGAAGGGCAGCACGGUGACUCCUGACAAGCGUAAAGGUCAGGUGUACAUUCAGCAGACCGAUGACUCCCUCAUCCAUUUCUGUUGGAAGGACCGGACGACUGGAAACGUGGAUGAUGACCUCAUCAUCUUCCCAGAUGACUGCGAGUUCAAACGGGUGAACCAGUGCACCACUGGACGAGUGUAUGUGUUGAAGUUCAAGGCUGGCUCCAAAAGACUCUUCUUCUGGAUGCAGGAGCCAAAAACCGACAAAGAUGAGGAGUACUGCCGUAAAGUAAACGAAUACCUGAACAACCCUCCCAUGCCCGGUGCACUUGGGAGUGGAGGCAGUGGAGGACAUGAUCUGUCUGCUCUGGGAGGGGAGGGUGGACUGCAGAGCCUCCUGGGUAACAUGAGCCACAACCAGCUCAUGCAGCUGAUUGGACCCACCGGACUGGGGGGGAUCGGUGGUCUGGGAGCACUCGCUGGUCCAGGUUUGGCCAACCUCCUGGGCAGCAGCAGCACCAGCAGCAGCAGUGUUCCUGCUGCCAGCAACUCCUCAACAAGUCCAUCCACAGCUGUCACUCCCACCUCCACGUCUGCCACCAGUCGUCUCAGCUCCUCCCAGGUCCCCACCACUCCCAUCACUCCCUCCGCCACCUCAGCCGCCUCCCCCACAGCCACCACCCCUUCCACCCCCGUUGUGUCCUCUAUGGCUGCGGCUGCAGCCAACCCCACACAGCCCAUCCAGCUGAGAGACCUGCAGAGCAUCUUGGCCACCAUGAACGUACCUGCCAGUGGCCAGGGAGUGGACCUCGCCAGCGUCCUAACGCCUGAGGUCAUGGCUCCCAUUCUGGCGAACCCGGAGGUGCAGCAGAGGCUGAUGCCCUACCUGCCGUCUGGAGAGUCCCUGCCUCAGAGCUCAGAGGAGCUCCACAACACGCUGAGCUCGCCUCAGUUCCAGCAGGCGAUGAGUAUGUUCAGCAGCGCUCUGGCAUCCGGGCAGUUGGGGCCUCUCAUGAACCAGUUUGGUUUGCCUGCAGAGGCCGUCGACGCAGCGAACAAAGGAGAUGUGGAGGCAUUUGCCAAAGCCAUGGAGACGGAGACGAAAUCAGACCAGGAAGGAGACGCCAAAGACAAGAAAGAUGACGAUGAAGACAUGAGUUUGGACUAAGAACCGUUAAUGUUAUUGAAUUAUUUAUUUGGCUGCUUCUGCUGUUUUGGUACCAUUACACAAAAUGGAUAAUGGCUACUUAACUUAUGGAUAAUAUAGCAGAAACCGUGACCAAGCUGUCCUGUCAGCUGUAAGCAUUGUUCAUCCUGCGACCAUGCGUUGAAUUAAUAUAUACUGAUUCAUCUGUGUUCAACAUGUCCUAAUGCAAGGAAAAGUAAAGUGUAGACAAACA